GACUUGGCGCUUUAUCCUAACUUGAGGCUAACCCAAUCUUAACUUAAUCCUAACCUAUUCUUAAUGUAAGAAGCAUCAGAUGCCACAUUGAAAGAAAAAGAAAAAAGAAAAAUUUCGACCAAGUGCUACCAACAACAACAACAUAAAGAAAAAGAAAAGCAUCGAACUGUUUGAUGUUUCCUGUGUCUUUGUUACAAGACGCAGUAGUUCUACUGCAAUAGAAUCUUUACAAUUGUCAUAUCAAAAUUUGCUCAGCAGUUUACUAUUGUGAGUUAUAUUAACGUGUAUGUGAAGGAAUACAAGUCAAAUAGUCAAUUUAGUUGUCAAAUAUAUUCAUUCGAAGAAACAUUAUCGCAAGUCACAGUGUGUGUGUGUGUGUAUGUGCGCGAAAACUCCGAAAUAAUUCGUGGUUAGUGCAAUAAAAGAAGAGUCAAAUUGUAUUUUUUUUUCAAAAUUUGUUGAUAUUUUACGAUGACGUCGCUUCAUAUGAACGACAAGAUCUCUCUUGACCCAGAGAGUUGCGAAUGCAAGAUUAAGACUCCAGAAUCCAAGGCCUCGACGAUAAAUAUGGUGACUAAUGAUCAUGUGUUGGAGCGAUUUGAAGAGAUAAUAAAGUCAAAAAAUGAUGAUAGAUUUUACAGAGGAUUAGUACUAAAGAAUAAGAUGAAAGUUCUCCUAAUAAAUGAUCCACGGACUGAUAAGAGUGCUGCUGCACUGAAUGUUAACAUUGGCAGCAUGUGCGAUCCUGACGAUUUGCCCGGUUUGGCGCAUUUCUGCGAACACAUGCUAUUCCUGGGAACCGAAAAAUAUCCCGAGCAGAACGAUUACACCAGGUAUCUGUCGGAGAACGGCGGCAUUAGCAAUGCGACAACGUACUUAGAUCACACUACGUAUUACUUCGACGUGAGCCCGACAAAGUUGGGAGGUGGCUUGGAACGUUUCGCUCAAUUCUUUUUGACACCUCUCUUUACGGAUUCGUUGACCGAACUCGAGCUGAACGCCAUUCAUUCGGAGCAUUUGAAAAAUUUGGCGUGCGAUGUUUGGCGAUUCGAUCAGUUGGAAAAGUCGUCCGCGAAUCCCCAACAUCCGUACUCCAAGUUUGCGACGGGAAGUAGGGAGACGCUGGAUGUAUUGCCGAAACAGAUGGGCAUCAACGUUCGGGAGAGACUGCUCGAGUUUCACGAAAAAUAUUAUUCCGCUAAUGUCAUGUCGCUCUGCGUUCUUGGCGUAGAGACUUUAGAUAAGCUUGAAGAGAUUGUGGUAAAUCUUUUCAGUCAAGUACAAAACAAGGAAAUCGAUAUUCCAAUCUGGCGUGAGCAUCCUUUCGACGAUGAACAUUUUCGUACCAAAUGGCACAUUGUUCCAAUAAAGGAUACGAGGAAUCUACACGUUACAUUUCCUAUACCCGACUUACAAGAACAUUAUCAAGCUGCGCCAGCAUAUUACGUCAGCCAUUUGUUGGGACAUGAAGGGGAAGGAUCCUUGUUGUCAGCUUUGAAGACGACGAGGGGUUGGUGUAACUCUUUAAUAUGUGGAAAACAAUCGUAUGCUCGAGGUUUUUGUUUUUUCAUUCUUGUUGUCGAUCUCACCGAGGAAGGUUUCAAGCAUGUCGAUGAUAUCAUUACGCUAAUGUUUCAAUAUAUCAACAUGUUAAAGAAACAAGGCCCAGUCGAGUGGAUUUACAAUGAAUAUAGAGAUUUAGCGAGUGUGAAUUUCCGUUUCAUGGAGAAACAGCAGCCUCGCUCGUACGUAUCUUCCAGAGUCACGGGACUAUGGGAUUAUCCGAUGAACGAAAUUUUGUGCGGGGAUUGUCUUUUUCCGCAGUGGAAGCCAGAGUUGAUAGAUACAAUAGUGAAUUGUUUAACGCCGCAAAAUAUUAGGGUUCAUGUGGUUGCAAAAGCGUAUGAAAACGUAGCGAAUGAAACAGAACGUUGGUACGGUACUAAAUAUAAGAAGGAGAGCAUAUCGGCGGGAACAAUUGACAUGUGGGAAAAUGCCGGUUAUAAUUCGGAAUUUCACUUACCCGCUAAGAACGAGUUUAUUCCAUCGAGAUUGGAUUUGAAACCACGUGACGAUAAUGUCAAAGAGUUUCCUACAAUUAUAGAAGACACAUCGUUUGUAAGACUCUGGUUUAAACAGGAUGACGAAUACCUAGUACCAAAGGCCAAAAUGUUCUUGGAAUUUGUUAGUCCAUUUGCUUAUAUGGAUCCUGUUAGUUGCAACUUGGGCUAUAUGUUUGUCCAGCUACUACAAGACUCGUUCACCGAGUAUGUAUACCCCGCCGAUUUAGCUGGUUUACAUUGGAAACUUAGCUAUACGCAGUAUGGAAUAACAUAUAUCAGAGAUUUGAAAAAUUUUGGGGCCGAACAACCGUAUCACCAUGCAAUCUACUAUCUCGCACUUUUAUUAGCAGAACAAGCUUGGACGAAAAAUGAAUUAUUACAUGCAACUGCUUAUUUAACUGUCAGUAGAGUUCAAGCGUUCAUACCGCAGCUGUUUAGUAAAGUGCACGUGGAGUGUCUGAUACACGGUAAUAUGAUCGAGAAGGAAGCCUUGGAUAUAGUUAGACUAAUCGAGUCCAAAUUGAAAAGCGCGAUGCCUUACAUAAUACCGUUGUGGCAGCAGCAGCUAGUGGUGCAUCGUGAGAUCAAACUCGACGAUGGUCGACACUUUCUAUUCCAAACGGAUAACAAAUUGCACAAGAGCUCGUGCACAGAAGUGUACUAUCAAAUCGGUAUGCAGUCGACAGAGUCGAAUGUAUUGUUGCAGCUACUAGCUCAAAUAAUCGGCGAGCCUUGUUUCAAUAUUUUACGAACUCAGGAGCAAUUAGGCUAUAUAGUGUUCAGUGGUGUGCACAAGGUAAACGUGAUGCAAGGCUUGAAAAUCCUAGUUCAAAGUGACAAGCAUCCGCGAUACGUUGAGAAACGAAUCGAUAUGUUCGUCAACUGUAUGCUCGAUUACAUAUCCACCAUGCCCGAAGAGAAAUUUGAAAAGCAUAAGGAUUCUCUAGUGACGUUACGUCUCGAAAAACCAAAACAGUUAUUUUAUCGAACCAAUAUAUUCUGGAGCGAAAUUACAGCACAGAAGUAUAAUUUUGAUCGGGUGAACAUUGAAGUGGCUUAUCUGAAGACCAUAACGCGAGAACAAUUGUUUGACUUUUUUAAGGAGAGCAUACACGGCGCAGCUCGACGUAAACUAUCGUUGCACGUCAUAUCCACAGCAACGGACGAUGAUGAGUCGACCGAGAAAAAAGACGAAUUCAACGAUGUAUCAGUCGCAGAACAAGUUGAGAAAAUCAACGAUAUCUUGUCGUUUAAACGCAGCCAGUCUUUGUAUCCGGCAUUAGAACCGUAUCUGCACCAAUUCCCUAAGAAAGGCAUGCACUCCUCCAAAUUGUAAAUAGUGCGACCAUAAGAGAGAAUAGAGUUCUAUUCUUCCUUUGCCGCAGGAUCUCUGUCUCUUUUUCGAUUUCUUGCAUCGAUUUUUCUCGUUUUUACUUUAAAGCGGAUGCAAACAAUUCCGGGUGGACGGCCAUUCGUAUAUCUUGAUUUCUAAAGCAAAUAUGAUCAGGGUUGGGUAAGUUAACUUUUUUUUUAACUAAAUUAAAGUUAAUGGCUUUGAAAAUUUAACUUAGUUAAGAAAAAGUUAACUCAUAAUGAAAUUAAUUGAAUUAAAAGUUAAUAAAAAAAGUAAUUAUUA